CCGUAUUUCGAAGCACGAAGAAGAGAGAGCACAGUGCGUGGUACAGUGUUUAUAAACUCAAAACCUCAAAAGAAAUAGAGAGAGGAGGGAAACAUCAAUUAUUCAUUUGUUUUUUUGAAAAAGUUUAAUUAGUAAAACAGGAGCUUGCCGGUCCGGCAGUCGUGACAGCAUGGCCGCUGCAGCGCCAUUGUGGGACGAACACCAGGCCUAUGAGGAGCUGCUGUACUGGGACAGUCUGAUUCAGGAAGGCCAUCGGCUCCUACCGGAUCACUUUGAUAGAUAUGAGGAGCUGCGUUACUGGUAUGACUGCCUGUGCUACGAGGAAGAGCUGAGGCAGUACCACGACUACAUUGCUGCUAUUGAAGAUAUUGAGGACAGACAUCAUGUUGAGGAACCCAUCGCUCCUCGGAAGCACUCAGGGCCGCUUGACCGUAUGGUAAUGGCCAAACAUGCUGAAGUGUAUCCCUCGGCAGAGGACCUUGAGGCGGUGCAGAAAAUUAUUUCCCAUGUGGAGUGUGCCCUUAAGAUUGUGUCUGACAAGAUCGAUGCUCCAAAAGAUGGCAAUGAAACAACAGAGGAAGGGAGUAAAAGAGAAGAUUCAAAGGGGCGUGUUUUGCGUGGAGUUAUGAGGGUUGGACUGGUGGCCAAAGGACUCAUACUGAAAGGAGACGAGGCCCUGGAGUUGGUGUUGCUUUGCUCAAACAAGCCUACGAUCACCUUGCUUAAACAAGUGGCUGAAAAGUUAACUGAACAGUUAGAGGCAAUUUCUGCUGGAACAUAUGCAGUGAGCCAUUAUCCAGAGGAUGCAACCAUUGUUGUGAACAGCUGUAAGAAGUCAGUCCUGACUCUUACUAUCCACUUGACAUCACCUCUUGUGAGGGCAGAGCAAACGAAUAACACUACAGAGGAGGAAGAAACGCAAACGGUCAACGAUCCGCCGGACGUUCUGGACAGGCAGAAAUGCCUAACUGCCUUGGCGUCUCUCCGCCACGCCAAGUGGUUUCAGGCUAAAGUCAACAAUCUAAAUUCUGCUGUUAUGGUAAUCCGAGUCAUGAGGGAUUUGUGUAAUCGUGUUCCUACCUGGAUGCCUUUGUCAGGAUGGCCUCUUGAACUGCUGGUAGAGAAGGUUAUCAGUACAUCAGAUAGACCGAUGGGAGUGGGCGAGUCCUUCCGCAGAGUUUUGGAGAGUGUUGCCUCUGGAAUCCUCUUGGAAGACGGCCCGGGUGUUAAGGACCCAUGUGAGAAGGAAGAGGUCGACGCCUGUGCAAGUCUGACAGCUCAGCGGUGUGAAGACAUCACACAGAGUGCUCAGUUUGCUUUGAGGCUUUGUGCAUUUGGGCAGAUGCACAAGGUGUUGGGGAUGGACAGCAAACCUGUUAAAUCACGGAAAUAUUUAAAAUAUCUGAAAGACAGAGAUGGCACAGCCCAGAUGUCACCUACUGGACACUACAACCUGCCAACAAAGCGAUCUCUCUCAGACGUGGAGAGCGAAGAAGACGACAACCAACUCAACAGCAAACAGAGGAAGUUUCUAAAAUUCCAGAAACGCUUUCAGAGGAAAGUAAAUGAUGAUCUCAACAUGAAUGCUGUGAUGCGUCUGAACCAGUAUAAACCUGGCCUGGAGUACUGUCUUGCAUCCCAGACUGGUCCAGUCCAUGAGCCAGUCUUUACGAUGGUUGUGGACCUGAACGGGAAGAGCUUUGAAGCAACAGGACCUUCCAAAAAAGCUGCCAAAGUUAACGUAGCCAUCAAGGUCCUGCAAUACCUUGGUCUUCCAACAGGCCCUGAAUCUAAAUCAGAGUCCAGCAGUGAUGCUGAAAAAAUGCAGAAAGUAGCUGAUGCUGCAACCACAGUCACUACUAAGUCAGAAGAGAUUGGUCAGGGUCCCAUCUUGACAAAAAAUGGCAAGAACCCUGUGAUGGAGCUGAAUGAGAAGCGGCGCAGUCUAAAGUAUGAGCUGUCUGCAGAAACAGGGAGCAACCAUAAAAAGGCUUUUGUCAUGGAGGUGGAAGUCGAUGGACAAAGGUUCACAGGGAGGGGCUCGACUAAGAAAGAAGCUAAGGCCUACGCCGCCCUCGCUGCUUUAGAGAAGCUGUUCCCAGACGACAGCGACGUUUCUAGCACCAAUAGAAAUGUUGUUAAAAAGAAGAUAACCUACACUGACAUGCACAUCCCAGGAUUCGGCACUAUCCGCGGUAUUCCUUCAGACUCUGGGUCCCGUGGCUGGGGUCCCAACAGAGGGGGCCGAGGCAGGGGCAGAGGCAAACAGUUUUCCUCAGGACCCAGCUAUAACAAGACAAACUACAGCUAUGAGAGCAGCUCGGGAACUGGCUAUCAUAAACUGUAUGAUAACAAUGCAGCCAGCACCUCAGGCAAAAGCACUGGUGUCGGAGGAUCAGGCAGCAGCACUGGCUACGGCACCUUUUACCCAGAGAGCAGCUCCACCUACUCCUCUGCACCCGUCUCCAGUUCCAGCAGCUCUAAAGGAGAAAGCUAUCAUUCAAUGCCUCCCCCUGCUGAUCAGGAGAGCCCGUAUAGCUACGGAUAUGGAGAUGAGAAGAAGAAGAUGCUGACUCAAGGUCAUGGAGGAGACUACUCCAUGUACAGCACAGCGUAUCCCAGUUCUGUGACAGGAGGACAUGGGUAUAAUAAUUACAGCUGGGGGAACCAGUCUUCCUGGGGGAAUCAGCAGGGAUAUGGCAUGUACCAAGGCUUCGGAGGACAAAACCACAGCUCCUAUUCUGGAUACAACACAAAUAACUAAUCCUCUCACAUGACAUUUUUGUUUUUUUAUCACAAUCUUCAGCCUUGAUGAUGACCCUGAGAUGCCACUUCUGUGAAGGAAAAAGUUUUUUUUUUUUUUCUUAAGCGUGUCACCCUGUUAAGUUUAACAUCCGGUAAAACGAUAGUCGUCAGUCUGUUACCUACAUCACAUCCGUGUUCAGAGUAGUGUUUGGGUUUUUUGUUUGGUUGUUGUUUUUUAAAUUGUAUAUGUUCUUUUCCAGAAUAUAAUUCUAUUUCAAAGGUGAUUGUAGUUUUGAACUAAAUAUUUCUUCCUCUCAUUAAAGAUGCUCUAAUCUUAAAAAAAAAAAAACAUUGAAAAACUUAUUUUUCUUUUGUUUAAACUGACCAUCAGUUUGCUUUCCUUGACACUGCAGUUGUUGAUGUGAUGUAAUUCCUUGAAAGAUGAAGCUUUGACACACUAUGGCUAAUAUCAGAGAAGUGCUGCCAUCCGAAUGAUUAUGAUUUAAAGCUGUCACUUGAUCUUCCCUGAAAAAUGCCCAAGCCAUUCAUCACAUCAGUGUUACUUGAUUAUUUUUCUACACUCAUGCAUGCUGCAAAUGGCUCCUGUAGCACAUGAGCUUUCUGUCUAGGCUGAAUGUUGUGUAACAGACAGCUGUUUGGCCAGUCAAGACUGGAGGCCAUAA